AAAUCCUCCUGUCAGGGUGCAGUGAGGCAAGGCCCUGCACCACUCUCACUUCUUCUCAGCUCAACUGACUGACUUCAUCCACAAAGAUGUUUAAAGGUAUGAUCAUAAAGAACAUGUCCUUUAAGGUCGGGCAGACCCUAACCAUUGUUGGAGUCCCCAAGUCUGAUGCUACAAAUUUUGCAGUAAAUAUUGGCCCUGAUGAGCAGGAGAUUGCUAUCCAUAUUAACCCUCGUUUCAACGCCCACGGAGACGAGAAUGCGGUGGUCUGCAACUCUUACCAGGGAGGCAAUUGGUGUGAGGAGCACCGUGAGGGAGGCUUUCCUUUCCACCAGGGAGAGGAGUUCAAGAUCGUCAUUGAAUUCACCCCGACAGAGUUCCAGGUGACUUUAUCAGAUGGCUCUAUAAUCCACUUCCCUAACCGCAUGGGUGCGGAGAAGUACUCAUUCAUCAGCUUUGAUGGGGAAGUUCGCAUCACAAGCUUUGACAUCAAGUAAACCCCCUGCCAGAAAUUGUUGGAUUGAAAUACAGAUUUUCUUUUUCAAUUUCUCUUGCAUCAGGUCACAUAUAGCCACAGCUUUUAAGUUCCUGAACACCAUGUGGUGUCGGUAGUGCCUUAUAUGUUUAUAACACAGCGUAUUAUGCAAGAAUUUAGCUUGUUGACAUGUGCAGAUGCAAGCAACCACAGACAAAAAGAUGGAUAGAUAAGAUAGACACAUACAGAACAAAGUCAUAAUACGCAGAUGUACUCAUAGAAACACAUCUGGACAUAUUGUUGAGUGCGUGUCCUUCCUACACACUUGACAGAAAUUCAGACUGAAAAGCAAACCAAACAUAAAGCAGUCCCAAGCCCAUGUUAUUUGCUUUGCAGUUUGCGGUGUUUAGUUGAAAAGUACAACAUAAAAUGCUGCAUGCUCUCUUGUUUUCCCAUCCUGACAUUCCAGAUUAAUAAUGCUUGACUUUACAACAUGUAUUAAAGCAUGUCCUUAACAAACA